AUGAAAGAUCAGACCAUUAAAAAGCUCAUGGUCAAGCAAUUUGUCAAGAGCAAGUUCAAGAAAUACCACAAGCACCAGAUGCUAGUGGCCCAUGAGAAGCAGAAGACUGAGGAGAAGAAGAAGCAUAAUGAAGAAAUCAAAAUUGAACUUGCAGUGCAUUCAAUUGCUGUGUGCAUCCAGACUCACACCCAUGCAAUAAUGACUGCUCUUGAAGUCAAAAUUAUGACCCAUGGGCACAAUUGUCUUGCUGCUGCUGAUCUGUUAAAAAAUGAGAUGGAGAAGAAGAUGAAAACAUUCCAGAGUCAUUUGCAGACUCUAUUAAAUGAGAAGAUGCUAUCAUCAUCAGAGAAGAUGAACAAGAAGAAGUUUGAGAUUGUCAUCUCUUCUGAUGAAGUGAAGAAGAAUGAGAAGAAGAAGAAUGACUGA